AGCCAAAUUAUUACCUUCAGGGGAUACCCUAGUGAGGAGUACGAAGUGACAACAGAAGAUGGGUAUAUCCUUUCUGUUAACAGAAUUCCUUAUGGGAGAAAAGGCCGUGAGAGGAGCAAAGGUCCAAGGCCCGCUGUGUUUCUGCAGCAUGGCUUACUUGCAGAUGCCAGCAACUGGAUCACAAACUUGGAUUACAACAGCCUUGGCUUUAUGCUGGCAGAUGCUGGCUAUGAUGUAUGGCUGGGAAACAGCAGAGGGAACACCUGGUCCAGGAAACAUACACGUUUUACAGUGAAACAAGAAGAAUUCUGGGUUUUCAGCUUUGAUGAAAUGGCGAAGUAUGACAUUCCAGCCUCAGUGGACUUUAUUUUGAACAAAACUGGCCAGGAAGAAUUAUUUUACAUUGGCCAUUCGCAGGGCACCACAAUGGCUUUCAUUGCAUUUUCAACUUUGCCAGAGCUGGCUAAGAAAAUCAAAAUGUUCUUUGCCUUGGCACCAGUAGCUACAGUCAAGUUUGCCACAAGCCCUCUGGCAAAACUGGGAGUGUUUCCUGACCUGCUACUUAAGGACAUGUUUGGAAAGAAACAGUUCUUCCCCCAGAAUUCUUUGCUGAAGUGGCUUGCUACCCAUGUCUGCACCCACAGAAUACUUGAUGACCUUUGUGGCAACAUAUUCUUUCUUCUGUGUGGUUUUAAUGAGAGAAACUUGAAUAUGAGCCGAGUGGAUGUGUAUUCAACACACUGUCCUGCAGGGACAUCUGUACAAAACAUUAUCCAUUGGAGCCAGGCUGUGAAGACUGGGGAACUCAAAGCUUAUGACUGGGGAAGCAGGGCUGCAAAUAUGGCUCAUUACAACCAGUCUGCUCCCCCAUUCUACAAAAUAAAAGAGAUGACUGUACCAACCGCGGUGUGGACUGGUGGACAGGACUGGCUGGCAGACCCAAAGGAUGUUGCUAUGCUGCUCACUCAGAUCACAAACUUGGUUUACCACAAAAACAUUCCAGAAUGGGAACAUCUGGAUUUCAUCUGGGGCCUUGAUGCACCUUACCGCAUGUAUAAUGAAAUAAUUAACAUGAUGAAGAAGUAUCUCUAAACCGGCGCGGUAUUUCAAAGUAUUAGUUCACCAGGAAUUUGUCUUUUUGGAACAUAGGCUUUUCUGGCAAUAAUGCUACAGUGUUUAUUUAUGAUGCAUUUUUAAAAUGCCAGCAAUGACUACUGAAUUAGGUUCACAUUUGGUUUGUUUUUCUCAGUAUUAUUUCUCCCUCCUGCAAAAAUCCUCCCUGUAUCCUGCUGAUUUUGCACACAGUGGCGCAGCACUCAAAAAACAGCAG